AUGCCGCGGUCGAAUUGGACUUCCAAUCCGACAGCCUUCUUUGCAUUGGAGGUCAUGGCAGAUCCCCAGAGCGGUGCAGCACCUGGGCAGUCAUGUACCAUUAUGAAAAGAGAUACGGGUAGCGUCUUGCUCGGAGGACCCGAAGAUCUUAUGGCGAGAGCAGACUACAGUCUAGAUGCCAAGUAUGAGGCGAUGCUUCGUAGACAGGCUAAGGCAUCGUCGACCUGGAUCACGACACACCGAAACGGCACAAGCUCUCGAGUCCCGACGUCUCAUUCGAGCAAAGUACCGGUGUUAUCUUCAGAACGACCUACUAGAUCGGCGUCGGCCUCACGCUCAAAGCCACCGGUGCCUCCUGCAUCUUCGGGACCCCGAUCCAGCAAUCCAGCGCGGCCAUCGUCGUCAGGACCUCGAGCCAGCAACCCGGUGCGGCCAUCAUCUUCGGCACCUCAGCCCAGCAAACCAGCACCACCGCCGUCCUCAGGGCCUCGAUCUGGCUCCCAGGGACCUAUCUUCACCACCAGGCCACCUAUCCCAGCGAGCUCCUUUUCGGGUGCUUCAUUCUCAUACUCCUACUCCACAGCCCCGCCAACCACUGAGGAAGGUGGAGUUCCCAUUAUUCCCAUUGUUCCAAUUCCCAUUCCCAUCGCACCUGUUGCGCCAGUUCCUCCGAUUGUGCCUCCGGUUGGUGGCGGUGGUGGCGGAAAUGGCGGUGAUAAUGGUAACAACGGCGAAAACUCUAAGCCUGCAGAGUCAAAUCCUCCAAAGACCUCAGAGCCUUCAUCCCCGCCUACCUCUUUGCCACCUACGUCUUCAUCAAAACCCUCGCCUACCUCGUCAACACCAGUCACCCGGUGUUCUUCUAGACCGCCGCUGUCAGUACCCACAGGAGGUGAUGCAUCACCAGACAGAGACGGGUUCCCUCAGGCAGUCUACGACGGUCUUGCCGCGGAAGCUCGUAGCACGAGCAGAGCGAGCAGUUCUAGCUCUACCUCCUCGCCACUCAUGGUCAUCACUGACGUGCCCGAGCCUGAGUCGACAGUUGAGGUAGUGCCGACUGCUACCCCUACUGUUGCUCCUGUCAACCCAGUUGCUUGCUAUAACUUUGACAUUAAUGCCUAUGGAUACUGUUGUCCGGGCCCGGGUAACCCAUGUGAGAAGGAUAUUGGAAAGUGCUACUUCAACGGAGAGGGCGUCUCUGGGGGUGCAAGUGGGAUUGUACCAGACGGAGCCCGGUGCCCACCACCUCCUGGUGCUGAAUAUUGCAGAGGUCCCUGCGAAGAGUAG